AUGGCGGGCCCCCGGCUGCGAUCGCUGGCCGCGCUUGCCCUGGUCCUGGCCCUGGCGCUGGCCCCGGGGCUGGCCGCAGUCCGGGCCGGGCAGACGCCGCGCCCGGCCGAGCGGGGACCGCCGGUGCGGCUCUUCACGGAGGAGGAGCUGGCCCGCUACGGCGGGGAGGAGGAAGAUCAGCCCAUCUACAUGGCGGUGAAGGGCGUGGUGUUUGAUGUCACUUCUGGGAAGGAGUUUUAUGGACGAGGAGCCCCCUACAAUGCCUUGGCCGGGAAGGACUCCACCAGAGGAGUAGCCAAGAUGUCCCUGGAUCCUGCAGACCUCACCCAUGACACUACGGGCCUCACGGGCGAGGAGCUGAAAGCCCUGGAUGACGUCUUCAGCAGAGUGUACAAAGCCAAAUACCCCAUCGUCGGCUACACGGCCCGAAGGAUCCUCAACGAGGACGGCAGCCCCAACCUGGACUUCAAGCCUGAAGACCAGCCCCAUUUUGACCUAAAGGACGAGCUCUGA